GGACGCUCUGAUGAUGAUAAGGGCUGCGAUGCAACCGCCGGAUAAUACUUAUUCUCGAUGUCCACCUUCUUUUACUGGCACAUAAAGCUACUAGUCAAACUUCACCGCAUCGCACGGCGCUUGCUUGGACUAGACAUUUUCACCGCUUUGUAAGGUAUCCUGUAUCACUGCAUUCGGUGCUAAGCGGAGUUCUAUCAUUAGUAGAUCAGGAAGCUGUGCGCAUCGGAGAUACAUUUACCCGCCACCGGCGAUGCGCACCGCCGGCCCAUCCAACUGCAGCUAUCAGGCGGCAGAGGAUGUGCCAGUGCUUCUUUGGGCUUAUAAAGUGUCAUCUUCAACCUUCUUACACAGUCUUUCCUACUAGUGCGCUGCGUUCAAGUCGCAAGUUGCUACACGCGCUUCCCAGUCCACCAUCAGCGCCGCUGCAGUUCCUUCUGGCGCUUUAUCAAUCGCGGUUUUCCCUUACCCUCGAGUCCAGGAUGCUCCCCUCGUCUUCCCUUUGCACUAAAGCCUCCGCGAUGCACACAGCGGUGUCGCUACCUCUGCUCCAAUGUCCACCAUGUCAAGCACAUCCCGGCGGUGCAAGGAUAGCUGCCACCUACAAUUACGACCGCACAAUCCAUAACAGCAUCCCCAACAACCGCGUUCGCAUUAGUCAAAGCAUUGUCAACGACCUGCGCUGCCGGAGCUACAGUAGCUCCGGUCAUGGCAGCAGUAGCCACGUCAGAAGUCACACCCUUGCCCCACGGAGCAACCCUAGCUUCAACAGCCGAGACAUCUUCCGUACCGUCUGUUGCGUUACAAGCACAGCUGUCUGCAGCAGCAGCAGCACAGGGAGCAGUACCAGCUUCUCCACCAUCUCCACCACCGGCAGCAACACCAGCACCGAUGUAGGUCACACGAUUAGCGCCGCCGCCACCGACAGAAACAGCGACAGCAGCAGCACCGCCACCGACAGAAACAGCGACAGCAGCAGCACCGCCACCAACAGACACAGCGACAGCAGCAGCACCGCUAUAAGCAGCAGCAGUCACAGCGACAGCCGCACCAUUAGCGAUGCGGAGUGGGGCGAGGUGGUGGACCUGUUAGGGCGCAUGGCGGCCAACAAGCUGCGACCGGGGGUGGCAGCAGGCGGCGGUGGCUGGCGGGACGCCUUCGAGUACCUGCCUGUUCACUUGCAGCGCGCCGGCCUGACCCCCGAACGACUGGCGUCGCUCAACUUCAUUCAUGUGGCUGGAACCAAGGGGAAGGGCUCAACAUGUGCGAUGGUGGAGUCCAUUCUGCGGCGUUGCGGCUACCGUACGGGGCUCUACA